CUAGGUUUUACAGGCCUACAUUUUAUGCACAACUAUAUAUAUGCUUUGUUUCUUGUAUGUUUGCUCUAAUAUUAGGUUCACCUGCUAAGCUUGAGAUUACUUUACUUAGGCCAGCAUCUCUUAGGCCAGCAUCUUUGGAAUGAUAAUGGUUUCUUGGUAUAUAUGCCUCGUUGCCAGCCCUUUUGAUGAUAUAGUUACAGACUUGAUGAAUUUUCAGUAAUAUGAAACAAUUAGAUGCUAGCUUUUCAUCUAUUUUAAAGUAUUCUGGCUUUGUUUUUUCCCGAUAGGGUAGAAAAUUCUAUUUCAAAAUAUUUUGGUGAAACACGUUUGGAAUAAUCAUCGUUGAUUCCCCUUUUAUCACUAGGCCAAAGCUCUUCAGGAGAAAGAGGCCAAAGACGAGGAAUACAGGAGGAUGGCGGAGAAACACAGUGUACUGUCCCUGGAAUCAGCUGAAGCUAAAAGAGAAAAUAAACAGCAAGAAGAAGAGCUUCAGAGAAAGAAUAAGGAAGUCAUGCAGCAGCAUGCCGUGCGAAAGAAAGUCAUCGACAAGAAAACAGAAGAGGAGAACGAAUACCAGAGGAUGUGUAUCGAUACGAAGGACAGUAAGCACAAGGAAAUGAUCGAACAACAACAGUUUCAGAGACAGACGGAACUCAGGAACAGCAGGCGCAAACUGGAGCAGCAACAGAAGAAGGCAAGCAAGACGAAGGUGGUUCUCGAUACUAACCUGGAGAAAUGGAAAGAUGAUAUCGUCAAACACAGAACAGUGGUUCAGGAGCAGGCAGUAGUGAAGGCCGAGAAAGUGGUUCAAGAGAAAGCCCAGAAGGCUCAAGAGCUUCGUAUCGUCAAGGAGAAAACACACAAGGAAAGAAUAGCCAGGGUUGCUGAGGAUGCGGAGGCGUUGGCAAGGUACACUGAGCAGAAGAUCAAACACAAGGAUCAGAAGGUCGAAGGGGUCAUCGCCAAGAAACAGCAGGAGAUUGACAAGUCACGAGCGGUGGCGCAGAACUCAGCCAAACUCAGAGAGCAGAUUCGCAACCAGUACACAAAGUCUUUUGAUUGCAUGGCCAAGAAAGCUGAGCUGGAGUCCAAGCUUGGAGCAGGUCCUAGUCUCGGGACCAAGAACUACUCCCAUGUCAUCAUCUCAUGAUUUGGAAUUUCUUUUACUGCAUUCAAGGAAU